CCGAGAAGUGGGAGCGAGCACCAGUCUACAUCGCCUUUGAGCAUGAUGAUGAUACACAUAUCGAGGAAAUUGCCCUGGCGCAAAGUUUCGCAGCUCGCAGAUGCGUGUGUAUCGCCUGCGAGCAGAUGUCGAAGUUCACAAAGCGGAAUACACGCGAGUGCGAUCGUCGGCGCCAGCAUCACCGGCGACGCAUCGGAUGCUGCGCCGACACCUCCUCGACUAACGCAAUCUCCCGCUCGUUCGUACUCCGCGAAAACUCACCCGAGCAAGGGCAAGCAAACGGGUGGCCACGCGUCGAAGGAGAAUGCGCCGACGCGCUCGGACCUCGGCGGCAGGGGGGUCGUCACGGUGCUCGACCAGGAUGACCACGUCGUCGGCAUCGUGAACGUGGACGCGGCGCGCGGCAAGGCCGAGCAGGAGGGCCUGAAGCUGGUGUUGGUGCAGCCGAACGCUAAGCCGCACCCGAUCUACAAGCUCAUGACGGGCAAGCAGCUUCACGAGGAACAGAUGAAGGAGAAGGAGCUACGGAAGGAGAGGAGGACCGAGGGCGGCAAUCACGUUGAGAAAACCGUGCAGAUAUCGGCGAAAAUCGCCGUCCACGACUUGGAGGUGCACCUGAAGAAGAUCGAGAAGUGGUUGGAGAAAGGACAUAAAGUGAGAGUGCACAUUAAAGGCAGGGAGGAGACGCAAAAAGAGAUGGAUGAGAUAGUGACUGGUAUACGUCAACGAAUGAGUAAGGCGAACAUAACAGGACAGAGGAAGACCAAGCAUGACACACAUUUUAUUUUGCAAUGUCAGUAAACACAUAGUGAAUCUAAUCAUGCUAUUCUUCUGUUUGUCGUCGCAAUAUCAACAAUAAAUUUCUCUUAUAAUUACGCAGUAAUAUUGCGAUAGCCUUCUAGAAUGCUUGUUUUGCUUUACAUCUCUUAACGUUUCAUUUCUCUUCUUGCACUUCUUUCUGAUUGUUUAAAUGAUUAUAACGCGCAAUUGGCUCGAGAAAUUGCUGAGAUGCGUUUCGUUCUGGAUUCAUCUUUUUUGUUGCCGUAAUAACAAAGUUUGAUAUUUUUGCAAUUUU